GUGUUUUUAGCUUUAGACGAAUCUGGGAGCUCUCCUCUUCUCUUUCCCUUUGUUCUCUCUGCUAGGGUUUAUAAGAAAUGCAUCAGUCCAUUAAUUUUGCUUAGAUCUAGCUGUCUAAAUACUUGAGUCAGUGUACAAGGUCGCUGUGGUGCUUGGGUUUAGGAAGGAUUCGAGUCGGCAAGGCUGGAUUCGUUUCCGUUUGUGUUUGUAAUGCUAGAUUGACUUCUGAAUCUGGUUCGAAUUCUCAUGCGGGCAUGUGUAUUUCCCAGGGGCUCAUAAAAGAAAGAGCAGGAAUCAAGUGAUAUCAACUCCAUAUUCGAUUAAUUCUUUCUCUUUCUUUAACAAGUAAUGGAAUCCCAAUUGCCCUCCGAAAAAACUGUUUCGUCCAAAGCUUCAAAUGAAGAAGAAAAUUCUCCUAAAACCCCAGAAACAUACAGAAAAAUAAUUUCAACUCUUCCCAGAGAAUAUGGCUGGAAGGCUCACGGCGAUCUUUGCUUGUACCAAAACUUUUGGUGUUUUUCCUACCUAAUAGAAGGCGCCAUGUUUGCUCAAGAUCACUACAAUGCUCAGCCUACCGAUAUUUUUCUGUGCAGCGUUCCGAAAAGUGGCACCACUUGGCUCAAGGCCCUCACUUUUUCUAUCGUAACUCGAACUCAAUUCGACAAUUCCACCACCCCAUUGCUCUUCCAGGGUCCCCAUAAUUGCCUUCCCUUACUAGAAAUAGAUUUUUACAGGAAAGGAAUGAAGCCUGAGCCAGGAACUCUACCGCUUGUGGCCUCCCAUUUGCCGUAUUCUUCGUUGCCGAAAUCGGUGAUUGAUUCAGGGUGUAAGAUCGUUUACGUCUGCAGAGAACCGAAGGAUGCGUUUGUUUCUGCUUGGCAUUUUACGCGAAAGUUGCCGCAUGGAGUUGAAGAACCGAUGUCCCUGGAGGAGGCUUUUGAGUUGUUUUGCAAAGGAGUUUCUGAUUUUGGGCCUUAUUGGGAUCAUGUAUUAGGGUUUUGGAAAGCAAGCCUGGAACGGCCUGAGAAAAUAUUGUUCUUAAAAUAUGAAGAGCUGAUGAAGAAGACGGUGUUUUAUGUGAAGAGAACGGCGCAGUUCAUGGGAUAUCCUUUCUCCUUGGAGGAAGAGAAAGAAGGGAAAAUUCAGAGUAUAGUUGAGUUUUGUAGUUUUGAGAAGUUGAGCAAUUUGGAGAUCAAUAAGACCGGAAAAUAUUCUGAGGAUAUUCCUGUUGAGAACAAAGCACUUUUUCGGAAAGGCAAAGUCGGAGAUUGGAAAAAUUAUCUUACGCCUGAGAUGGCCGAACGUUUGGAUGGAAUAACGAAGCAGAAAUUGGGUGAAUUUGGUUUGUUUUGAUUCGUCAUAGAAUUAUAAUUAUGAUCGGAGCAGAUGAUAAUAAAAGAAAAAAAUAAUUGCCAUGUU